CUAGCUUAUGCAAGCAAAGUAGUAUUUAUAUGUCAUUUAAUGCGCAUACGUGCUUAAAUCGGAGAAUCCUCUAUUUAUGUUGCUGUCAGCGCUGGCGGUUUAAAUAAAUGCAACGAUUUAAAGUACACAAGUUUCUCUCGUAACCCGGAAAACGUCAAUGGAGACAAGGUUUCCCAUAAUGCCUAGCUUCACAUACGGAAAUGUGAAAUAAGGGGUUACGCUUUCUCUUUGAUAAUGUUGUUAAAUAAUGAGAUUUAGCAGCAAUGAAUAUUUGGAUUACAGGAGACAUUUUAUGUAUUUUUUUCUGUGCCAGAAGCGUACACUUUGUAAGUUAAAGCGCUUUAAUUGUGCAUUUUUGAAGAAAGGUCACUGUUCUUUAGUCUACAAACAGCUGGUAUGAUCUUGAACUUCCCUGCACGUCUGCUGCAGCUGCCCUACUCGAGUGUAUUCACGUAUUACCCACGGGUUCUAGCAAACCACGCAUGGUACUGUCAAAGGAUCAGCAAAGGAGAAAGGGAAUCUGCCCCUAAAUUCAGGGAUUUUGACAUUUACAAGCAGAAUGUUACACGUGACUUGCUCAGCAAACGCAGAGACCGCUGUUCCACUUCAGGUUUGGUGGGCUACCAUGCUACACUGUGUGGAAGAAGGGCAUUUAGUUUGCUUUCACCCGCGAGUGUUGUGGAAUGGGCGCCGAAACCAGCGCAACCUUACCUCAGGCUUAUGAGGUUGGAUAAACCUAUAGGGACAUGGCUCUUGUAUUUACCAUGCACAUGGAGUAUUGCUUUAGCUGCAGAUCCUGGUUGCUUGCCACAGUUUUCCAUGCUGGCUCUGUUUGGAGUAGGGGCAGUGCUAAUGAGGGGAGCUGGCUGUACCAUAAAUGAUAUGUGGGACAAAAACUUUGAUAAAAAGGUUGCCAGAACAGCAAGUCGACCAUUAGCAGCUGGUGAUGUAACCCGCUUUCAAGCACUUGUUUUCUUAGGAGGACAGUUGAGUUUGGCUCUCUGUAUUCUUCUGUCCUUUAAUUAUUACAGCAUUGCACUUGGAGCUGCUUCUCUCACCUUGGUAGUGUCUUACCCUCUGAUGAAAAGAAUAACAUACUGGCCUCAGCUCUAUCUUGGCUUCACAUUUAACUGGGGAACAUUACUUGGAUGGUCUGCCAUUAAGGGUUAUUGUGACUGGUCAGUUUGUCUGCCUCUGUACAUGUCCGGGAUCCUGUGGACACUGAUAUAUGACACAAUCUAUGCACAUCAGGAUAAAGUCGAUGAUGUCCUGAUUGGAGUCAAAUCAACAGCACUGAGAUUUAAUGAACAGACAAAACUGUGGCUAAUCGGAUUUAGUGCUGCAAUGCUAGCUGGUUUGGCAUUGACAGGAGUAAACUGUGGACAGACUCUCCCAUAUUAUGUUAGCCUUGCUGUUGUUGGAGCCCACCUAGCAUAUCAGGUGUACACUUUGGAUAUGAAUGAUCCAGAAAACUGCUGGAAAAAGUUUACUUCAAAUCGCUCAUUAGGACUUCUACUUUUUGUUGGAAUAGUACUUGGAAACCUGUGGAGAAAAGAAAAAGAACAUCAGCCUACAACAAAUACAUUUGUAGCAGUUCACUAAAAUACUCCAUUUUGAUCAGCUUUUGAGUGCAUACUUUUGGGAUGACCAGUUAGAUUUCAUUUUUGAAUAUUUUUCUGUUAAACUUACUGUCUGCAAACUUCUGCCUUUUCAGAAGAUAAAAUCAUGUAACUUCAUUAUUUUACAGUAUUUUAAAGACAACUUCAGUGGGGCAUUACUUGUGGGACAGAAUAUGAUUUAUAAUUUAUUUGCUGUUUUAAUAAUAAACAUAUAGUUUAAAAUGA